AUGGAACACAAAUUGAGUCCCGAGCAAGCCCAGUCUGUCUUCGAGACUGUGACCCACCUUCUGUCGAACAAAACAGAAUUAGGCAGAGCCACAAUGGCUGUUGAAGACUAUCCCACCAUCCUCAUCGCCGGAAGCACCUCCGACGAUGCACUCCCAGAUCUCACGAUACUGCACAAAGUCGAGCUAGACUGGUGCUACAGACAUCGAUGGGAAACCAAGAAAUCGAUCGACCGCAGUACCAUCAAAGGCCGCGAACAAUGGAGCUGGAUUAUGGAUAGCUUCUGCUCCAUGUACAGCGGAGCUGACUUGAACGUUAACCGGAUCUUCACAAUGUUCCAAAUUCACAUGGCCUUCACUGAUCGGAACGAGAAUGACUCAAAAAUGAUCUUCAAGUUCGGGGUCCUGGAUGCGUACUGCGAGUUGACUACCAAAAACAAGGGACUAUCCAAGAAGAAGCAAGACUGGACGCUCGACCUCGAAGCUCUCCAAUGCUGGGUUGCCUGUGAGACGAGGAAUCUCGAUGCGAAACCUCUAUCAACGGCUGCGGAGAUUGUCAAGAAGGUAAUGGAAAACCUUCAUGAUGACAAACAGCCGAAAGAAGCUUGUAGAGAGUCGCGCCAGAACAUCAGCCGCAACAGCCGGAAGCGUCAGAGAGAGGAAGCCCAAGGAGACUUAAAAGACGAGAGGGACUUAGAGGAGAAGGAAGACUCAGGUGCUGCUCGCAAGAAGCGAAAGGUUAAGGCCCCUUCUACGAGGAAGUCGGCCAGAGAGGUCGCGGAGCCGAAGCCCAAGAUAGGAACUCGCAGUAAGCGUGCCAAGACGAGCAGGAAAUGA